AUGACGAUAUUAAAUUCAAUGCAUAAAUAUCAGCCACGAUUACAUAUAGUGAAAACAAAUGAGUUAAUCAAAAUACCAUGGGCACCUUUUCGAACAUUUAUAUUCAAGGAAACACAAUUUAUUGCUGUAACAGCAUAUCAAAAUGAAAAAAUCACACAAUUGAAAAUUGACAAUAAUCCAUUUGCAAAAGGCUUUAGAGACAAUGGACAAGGCAAACGCGAUAAAAGUAGUUUAAUGACAACAAAUUAUCAUUAUGAUGAAGAAGAAUAG